GAAGAGGUCAAGAUCGAGUCGAAACGGCCAGAGAUGCGAAUUACAGAAGCUGGCCAGAUGAACUUUUUUGCAGUCCUUAUUCGCUCAGAUGGCGAUGGCACUAUCUUGCCCGGGGUUACCAGGGAUAGCUGUCUAGCUCUGGCUCGAUAUCACAACCUGUCUCACAGCGAUCCCUCACAUGCCUGUCUACCAAAUAUUCCGAGCUCUCGACGCGUAUAUCCUGUCGAACGUAUAAUUACAGUCGAGGAGAUAAUGCGUUCAAACGCCGAGAAUCGUGUGCUGGAGGUCUUUGCCGCUGGCACUGCCGCCGUCGUUUGCCCCAUCGGGAGGAUAGGUUAUCGAGGAGAUGAUAUUGUAUUUCCUACAUACCCGAGUGGAUUUGGCCCGGUGAUGAUUGGUCUGUACGCUGUGAUGAAUAAACAAAACCUUGCCUUGGUCUCCUCCACAUCUGCUCGUACAUUCUGGAAUUGUCCUUUGAAGGACUUUGUUUCGCAGCGAAAAUGCCUCAAAAUGCCUCAAUCGGAUUUGUCUUGUGUAAAUCCGGCCUCUUUCCAUCAUGCCGGGUGCACCAACGGGAGUUCAGGCUCCGCGCUUGCAAAGGAAUAUGCAGCAAACGGCCUCCGCGUCUUUGCAGCCUCGAGAAAACUGGAAAGUAUGAGUGAUCUGGCAGGCAAGGAUGGCGUUACAUUGAUCCAGUUGGAUGUAACACAAGUUGAAUCCAUCAGAAAGGCCAAAGAGCGU